UCCCGUCCGGUGGGGUGCCGCAGCGGUGGGCAUGGGGCUGGGAUCGAGCUCCGAGGUCCCCGACGGCGGCGCCGAGGGCUUCCACGUACACGGGGUUCAAGAAAACUCCCCAGCUCAACAAGGAGGACUGGAACCUUUCUUCGAUUUCAUCAUUGCCAUAGGACACACUAGGCUUAAUAAAGAAAACAAUAUGUUGAAAGAUCUGCUGAAGGCAAAUGCUGAAAAAGCAGUGAAGCUGGAAGUGUAUAAUAUCAAAACAAUGAAAAUAAGAGAGGUGGAGGUGAUCCCCAGUAACAUGUGGGGAGGACAAGGUCUUCUUGGAGCCAGUGUCAGGUUCUGCAGUUUCCAGGGAGCCAAUGAACACGUGUGGCACGUUCUGGAUGUUGAACCUGCAUCUCCUGCAGCUGUAGCUGGUCUCCAGCCCUACACUGACUACGUUGUUGGAUCUGAUCAGAUUCUUCAGGAGUCAGAGGAUUUCUUUUCACUGAUUGAAUCCCACGAGGGGAAGCCCCUGAAGCUGAUGGUUUAUAACACUGAAGCAGAUUCCAUUCGAGAGGUAGUUGUGACUCCCAAUGGAGCUUGGGGUGGAGAAGGAAGUUUAGGAUGUGGUAUUGGAUAUGGCUAUUUGCACAGAAUUCCAACGCAGUCCUUGGUAUCGAAGAAAAAGCCAGAAAGCAAACCACCUUCGCCCUUACCAGAAGCUGGAACUCCUCUACCACCUACUAAUGGUUACACAGAGACUCCAUUAUUGGCACCCACUUCUCAGAGUGACCGCUCUGAAAUAGUUAUGAACUUGGAUCAUUCCACAGAUCAAGAAACAAGUGGUUACUCACCGGAAAGCUCACUUUCUCCUCCUCCCCCUCUCCAGAGAGUUAUGGAUCCAGGAUUUCUAGACAUGUCUGGUAUUCCAUUUCCUGAACUCACUGACUUAACAAAGAUGUCCAACGUGUCUUCAUCUGCCUCCUUCAACAUGCCAGCAGCAGAUGCUUUAGUAGGCGCUGAAAAGUUAAUGUCAAACAAUGACGCUUCUGCUUAUUUUGAAAAUGCCACAGCUUUGGACCCUGAAGAUGUAACCAGGUAUUCCGAAGGCGCAGUCAAGCAGCCCGAGUUAGACGACCAACUGCCUUCUAUUCCAUCUUUACCUUCUUUUGUUCUUCCUAAUGAAAUUUCUUCAAAAACAACACUAGGAACUGAUCCCGAUAACCAAGAAACAAAGCUGCUGUUAAACAGUACUGAGAGCUCGUUAACCGCUCCUCCGGUGACACCAGCUGAUGAAGCAGCACGUGAACAGAAAGAGGAAGAAGCUGCACAAGACCAUGAGUGAAACGGGAUGCUGCUUUUGUUUACGGACUGCUGUAUGCUGUAAUACUACAGCUUCGAGUAUUUUUCUGAUCUUGAAAGAAUUACAGCUAUUUUUGUUAGUGUAGACAAUAUUAUAAAAGAAAUCAUAUGAAAUACACAUCCUAUUGUCUUUUCCAAUCAUUGUUUAAUAGAUUAAUCUGUGUUCAGACUCUGAAUGCUGUCCAAAAUCACCAAAUAAAGGGAGAAAUUACUGCAGAGAGAAGUUGGACGCGGCCAAAAUGUUGAGCUCCUGAAUUCACCUCUGCCUGCAAGUGCUCCUGAAUGUAUGUAUGAAGGCACUCUGCCUCAACAGUGACACUUAAUGAUGAUUUUCUCUGUGUGAUUGAUAGCACUAAAAAGAAAGUAUUUAUGGUUUUGACUUGAUAAAAAGCUUUUCUAAUGGUACACCUCGAUUAGACAGCUCUAGUGAGUUUCAAGGCAUUUCCUACCCCAAGACAUCUUUAUUCCUACUUACUGCUCUGCAAACUGUUGCUUUUCGUGUUUUAGAGCCCCUUAUCCGUAACAGUGAUCCAUGGACCUGCUCUAUGCCUCCUUCUGCAGGAAAGGAAGUACCACAGGGUUUGAAGUGUCAGCAUAUAGAUAGAACAAAAUUGUGUUGGUGGGUCCCGUCAUUCACUUCAGCGCAUCACGUGGCGGUGUCACAGUUUUAUUUAAAAAAAAAAAAAAAAAAAACAAAAAAAGGUGCGGGGGGAAUUACGAUGGUUAUUUGAAACAAGCUGAAGUCAAAGAUGACUUUAAGUCAGGGCCAUGUGUUUUCAGGGUGAUUAACCUUUUCAGUGGAGUUGACUACGUCCUGGCUUCUGUAGUGACAGAGAAAUGGCAUCUCUUUAGUUGUGCUUUUCUGUUUAUCCAUUUCUGUUGUUAUACAAGUCAGUGUAAGUUUAAGACACAGGGAUGAAACAUGUUAAUGCAGCAACAGCUAUUGGUUUUUUUUUGUUUGCAUUUGUCUUCAAAUAGCUUUUGAAUGUAAUAGCAAACAUGAAACAAACAAUGAAGGAAAUGCAGGUGUUUGUACACCCCUCAUGGUAGUGAUUUAUCAUGGAAUUUUAAAGCUGCUGCCUGGGAAUAUCUUCACUACAGCUGGUACAGUUACUGCGGGGAAAAUCUUCCACAAAUCAAGAGAAGGGGGUACAGGGGAGGUGUGUGAUUAAGCGAUAAACUAGAGUAUACUUAUUCAGCACAAUAUUGUCUAAUUUCCUUUUUUCUGCCGUGUUUCUGCACUGUGCCCUGCGGGGGUCAGUGAGCGAAAUGACUGGCUGGGCUGGAAUCCCGCAAGGGCGCGGGAUGGGGAGUCGGGGGCGCACAGAUUUGCCUCCAAGAGCUCAGCUUCAGCGAGAGGGCUGCAGGCGAAGCUGCAACACAAGAGAGUGCUGCAGAUGAGCACACCCCUACGUGAAAUCUGUCCUUUGUAUUCCUUCACCUCUGUUGUUGGUCUCAAAUACUGUUUUCACAUAAAAUACAGUGGCUUCAAACAGGAUGGUUAAAAUAUCUUUUGCUUAAAAAAAAAAAUGCAUUAAGCCCUAACUGCAGGUAGUAGAAUUAAGAAAUUUGAAAUGGUCUGUUAAUAGCAAACAUUUUUUUUUUUUUCUGUAUAUUGCUAAUUUCCUCUUUUCUUCCCCCAACUGACUGCUACAAGGGUCAACAGCCAAACACUAAAAAUAAAUGCAAUUUAAGCUAUUGGUAAGUUUGGUCCCAGAGCCUGAUGACAUCUAAGUGAUCUAUUUGUUUGGGUUUUUUGUUGUUUAUUUAGGACUGUUUCUACUCUUAUUACCUUUGUCAAAACUGUUUUUUUAAGCGGGUAGUAGCUCAUUUAAGUGAUGCUGUACCGUUAAGCACCCCUUAGAAAUUUAAGGGCAGGAAAUGUCAAAACUCUAUGCUACAUUUGAAAUGUCACAGCAAUAAACAGCUUAACGCU